GCCGGUCUAAUUGAAGCCAACGGGGAACUAAAGGUCUUCAUAGACCAGAACCUUAGUCCUGGAAAAGCCGAACAGUAAUGGUGCACAGGCAGCCUUCCCCCACCACUCAGGUGCCCACACAGCCCUUCCUGCCAGCCUGCACCCUGCCUGUCCCCUGCGCAGACCUGACCUUGGACCACAGCUCAAGUGUUGUGUCCUUAGUAGCUGUUCACCCCUCCACAGUAAACACGCUUGGGAAGCAGCUCUUGCCAAAAACGUUCGGACAGUCAUCCAAUGUCAACAUUACACAGCAAGUGGUAAUUGGUACGCCUCAGAGACCUGCAGCGCCAAACACUAUCGUGGUAGGAAGCCCACACACCCCUAACACUCACUUUGUCUCACAGAACCAGCCUUCAGACCCCUCACCUUGGUCUGCCGGGAAACGCAACAGGAAGGGCGAGAAGAACGGUAAGGGCCUGAGGCACUUCUCCAUGAAGGUCUGUGAGAAGGUGCAGAGGAAGGGAACCACGUCCUAUAAUGAGGUGGCCGACGAGCUGGUCGCAGAGUUCAGUGCCGCCGAUAACCACAUCUUACCAAACGAAUCCGCUUAUGAUCAGAAGAACAUAAGACGGCGAGUCUAUGAUGCCUUAAAUGUGCUGAUGGCCAUGAACAUCAUCUCCAAGGAGAAGAAGGAAAUCAAAUGGAUUGGUCUGCCCACCAACUCAGCUCAGGAAUGUCAGAACUUAGAGGUAGAGAGACAAAGAAGACUUGAAAGAAUAAAACAGAAACAGUCUCAACUUCAAGAACUUAUUCUACAGCAAAUUGCCUUCAAGAAUCUGGUGCAGAGAAACCGCCAGGCAGAGCAGCAGGCCAACCGGCCACCUCCGCCCAACUCUGUCAUCCACCUGCCUUUCAUCAUUGUGAACACCAGCAAGAAGACCGUCAUCGACUGCAGCAUUUCUAAUGACAAAUUCGAGUAUCUAUUCAAUUUUGACAACACGUUUGAAAUCCAUGACGACAUAGAAGUGCUGAAGCGCAUGGGGAUGGCCUAUGGACUGGAGUCCGGAAGCUGCUCUGCUGAAGACCUGAAAAUGGCAAGAAGCUUGGUGCCGAAAGCACUGGAACCCUAUGUGACAGAAAUGGCUCAGGGAUCACUCGGCAGCGUAUUCCUCACGUCAGCGGUUUCAACCUCUAACGGCACAAGGCUUUCUGCCAGUGACUUGACCAACGGUGCGGACGGGAUGCUGGCCACGAGCUCCAGCGGGUCUCAGUACAGCGGGUCCAGGGUGGAGACUCCCGUGUCCUACGUCGGGGAGGAUGACGACGAGGACGAGGAGUACGAAAACGACGAGGAAGACUGAAGUGUUUGCUCACAGGCCCCGCUCCCCUCAAGUUCAGCUUCAGGAAAACACGUUUAGGAAAGAGAAACUUUUCUUAAUGUGGG